ACUGAUCUGGAAUUGAGCGAGAAUCGCCUCAAUGGUUCCAUUCCUGCAUCACUUGGUAAUCUGAGCAAUUUGAAGAUUUUAUUCCUCCGUGAAAAUCAACUUUCUGGCCCCAUCCCACAAGAAUUGGGAAAUCUGGAAUUGGUUGUGCUUGAAAUGGACAAAAAUCAACUCUCUGGCCAUUUGCCAGACAAUUUUUGCCAAGGUGGACAACUGCAAAGAUUCACUGUAGCUGACAACCACCUUGUUGGUCCAAUACCCCAAAGCUUUAGAAACUGCUCAAGCUUAACCAGAGUCCUCCUCAAUGGAAACCAACUCAUCGGAAAUAUGUCGAAAGAUUUCGGUAUCUACCCAGACCUGCAACUCAUGGAUCUAAGUAACAAUAAGUUUUAUGGUGAACUCGCGAACAAUUGGGGUGGGUGCAAACAAUUGUUAACGCUGCGGAUCGCUGGAAACAACAUCACCGGUAGGAUACCACCAGAGCUUGGAAAUUCACCUCAAUUAGGUAUUCUUGAUCUCUCUUCAAAUCAUUUAUCUGGGGAGAUUCCAAAGGAAUUCGGAAAGUUGACUUCUCUGUUGGAGUUGUGUUUGAAUAAUAACCAACUUUCUGGUGGUAUACCUCAAGAACUGGGCUCGCUAGAUGAGUUGUUGUAUUUAGACUUGUCCACAAACAGAUUGAACGGGCCACUACCGGGAUAUCUAGGCGACUACUUGAAAAUGCAUUACUUGAACUUGAGCGUCAACAAUUUUUCCCACGAAAUUCCAGCUCAGAUUGGUAAGUUAGUUCAUGGGUUGUCGGUACUCGAUUUGAGUCACAAUUCAUUGGCUGGGAAGAUACCACCACAAAUCGGAAGGUUGGAGAGUUUGGUGUUGUUGAAUCUCUCCCAUAAUAACCUCUCUGGUUCGAUUCCAAAGGAUUUUGAAGAAAUGCGUGGCUUGGAACAUAUUGACAUCUCCUACAAUGAGUUGCAAGGUCCCAUCCCCAGCAACCAAGCCUUCAUGAAUGCUUCCAUAGAGGAGUUGCAAGGGAACAAAGGUUUGUGUGGAAAUAUUACAGGAUUGCUACCUUGCAAAAAUCCUUUCAAGGCUUACAAAGAUACUUCAAAGACGGACCAAAAACUCGUUCUCGUAAUCGUACUCCCUCUUCUGGGAGCACUUUUAUUUCUAUGUGCAUUUGUGGGACUUUUCAUCAUUAACAGAAAAAGAAGGAGAAUCCUAGAUGAUCAGCAAAACAAGAUUCAGAGUGGAGGUCUAUUUUCAAUAUCAACUUUUGAUGGUAGAGCAAUGUAUGAUGAUAUCUUAAAGUCCACAAAGGAUUUUGAUGCCACAUAUUGCAUUGGACAGGGAGGAUAUGGGAUCGUUUACCAGGCAAAGUUGCAAUUAGCUAACAAAGUGGCUGUGAAGAAACUCCACUCGUCUGAGAUGACGGAUUCUAAAGGUUUUCUAAACGAGAUACCGAGUACGAGGCACAUAUUUCCGAUUUUGGCACUGCCAAGCUUCUGAAGCUAGACUCA